GGAAGAUGCUCAUGCCGUUGGCCCACAGAAGCGGCCAAGAAACUUGAGAAGCCGUCGUCCAAGUUUGUGAGGGGUGGCGGUUACAACCUGUGACCCAUCCUGACGUGGAAGUUGAGAACGCAAGCAACGGAAAGGAGAACCAGGAGACCCGGGCAUGAGGGGAGAAGACGAUUCAGCCAGACUUCAUCCCCAGGGCAGCUGUCCUUCAUCUGGAGCAAACAGAAAUAUCUGGAGCAAACAGGAAUAGAAAGCAAAUGCAGGAUGGAGCAUUGCAACCACAGACUUCUGCUUAUUCUAAAUCUCCUUCCCGGGAUUGUGCUCAACCAAGACUUCAACGAAAGUGUCAGCCAUGCCAUUGGGAAACUUCCUGAGGACAAAGAGAUCUUCAGGAUCCAUCAACCUUCAGAGAAUGAUUCUCCUGACUGGUCCUCCACCUCAGCAGAAGCUCUGAGUUCCUAUGGAGAGAGUGAUGUCCAGCGCAUCAUUGGGGGAUACAUCGUCGCCCCCCGCUCUUCCAAGUACCUCGUGUCUCUUAAGAGGAAUACCGGCUCCCAUUUCUGUGGGGGAGCGCUGGUCAGUCGCAGAUGGGUCCUCACUGCGGCACACUGCAGAACUGGGAUCAACCAGAUGUUGAUCGUCGCUGGGGAAUAUUCUCUUUCCACUUACGAAGGCACGGAACAGAUAUUCCGGCCCGCCCGGAUGGUGGUGCACCCUGAUUACAGUGCCACGUCCAAAAAUGCAGACAUCAUGCUUCUUAAGUUGAACAAGCCAGUAUCCUACAGCUCCUCUGUCUCCAUUGUGCCUCUUCCCCAGCAAGGAACUACAGUAAGAGAUGGUCGCCUCUGCCAAGUCUCUGGCUGGGGCUACACCACCCCCGUUGGGGGGAGGACCUCCGACACCCUGCGCAGUGUCCGCCUCCCCAUCAUUGCUACUCGGAAGUGCAACAGCUCAGCUUCGUAUGCUGGAUAUAUCACUAAGAAUAUGAUCUGUGCCGGGUUCAACACCGGAGGCAAAGAUGCAUGCCAGGGAGACUCGGGUGGGCCUCUGGUCUGUGAAGGACGUGUCUUUGGAAUCGUUUCCUGGGGAAACAGCUGUGCCAGUCCCAGAUAUCCGGGUGUCUACACAGCAGUGGCCAACUUUCAGAAAUGGAUUUACAAGACGAUCCUCAAGCAAUAGUCCAUAUGCAUCAUUUUUUUCCUGGAAAAUAAUAAUGUGGCAUCAUCUCUCUGCACUGAGUGAUAAUUCCACUAGUUCCACUGAGUGAUAAUUCUCUCUUGGGUGGAUUAAAAUUGCAUUUGAGCUUUCCUGUUUUAAGCUUUUUAAAAAGUGUACAUUUGCACCCCAAUCCAGAUGGGGGCCAAAAAUAUAUAAACAGGUGCUCC